AAAGAAUCAUACUUUUCUCUAUGAAUCAGUCAGUCCUACGGAGUCGUAGUGAACAGACGCGCAACAUUUACCAGUGAAGCGAGACUUUUGCAAGUUAACUAUCAACUUUAAAAUCACGUUGACUUUGAGACAUAACUUGAGAAAGUAGAAGAAGUUAAGAUGUUUUCAACGAAGAAAAGUGUGGAGAGAAUUCUCCAGGCGUACAAAAAUGAAAUUCGCCGGCAAAUCAGCAAGACGACAAGUGUCAGUAACUCGGACGCGAUGGCACCCAGGCUGGACCAGAGCGUGGUGAAGCCCCAGCAGAACGAGGAAUCUGGACCUCCGAAGAAGUUGCUGAAGUUGCAGAAAUAUCACAGAUACCUGUCAACUCUGACACCCCAAGAAAUGCCAAUGGCGACCCGCGGACUGGCCGUCUCCAAGGACCAGUCUCGGGAGUUCAUGGCCUGCUUCCCAGACAUCGUGCGGGACCUCACGGAGACUGGCAAGCACACCGACGUGCCUGAGGCCAGCAAGUGGUUGGCUAAGCUGUUACAAUACAAUGUUCCCAACGGCAAGAAAAACCGGGGUCUCGCCACCGUACUCUCCUACAAGAUGCUGGCGAAGCCCGAUGACCUUACCCCAGAGAACAUUCAUCUAGCCAACAUUAUGGGAUGGUGCACUGAAAUGUUCCACACACACCAGCUGCUGCUUAACGACAUAAUGGAAGGCACGGAGCUCCGCCGCGGCGCCCCCUGUUGGUAUCGCCGCGCCGACGUCGGACUCAGCGGCAUCAACGACGCCGUUCAGGUCCAGUCGGCCAUGUACUCCACGCUGAAGAAAUACUUCUCCAACAAGCCGUACUACAAGAAUGUGCUGGAGACUUUCAAUGAGAUGCUGCUAAAAUCUUCAAUCGGCCAGUACUUAGAUCAAUCUCUCUCGAAGACUGACAAGCCGGACUUGUCUCAAUUCACCAUGGGCAAAUACGAAGCCAUCACUAAGUACAAGAGCGCCUAUUACACCUUCCAAAUGCCUGUCACCCUGGCCCUCCUCAUGGCCGGAGUAGACGACCCAGAAACCCAUAGACAAGCGAAGACAAUCCUGUUGGAAAUGGGAGAGUUCUUCCAGAUACAAGAUGAUUUCCUAGACUGCUUCGGAGAUCCAGCUGUCACUGGCAAAAACGGCACCGAUAUCCAAGACGGCAAAUGCACCUGGUUAGCUGUCGUCGCUUUGCAGAGGGCGACACCAUCGCAGAGGGUUAUCAUGGAGGAAUACUACGGUAGCCCAAAGCCAGAAGCUGUAGCUAGAAUCAAAGAUCUCUAUGAAGAACUUCAACUCCCUCACACAUACUCGGUCUUCGAAGAAGCCACAUACGAUCUCCUUAGGACACAAAUCCAACAAGUCACCAGGGGACUGCCCCACGAUUUCCUUCCUUCAAUCAAUGCUGUAAGAAUGUCCACAAACGUGUCUGUAUCCCAGGCCAAAAAAGAAAAGGACAACUUUCUGGACGUUUUGCCUACUAUAACCGACAGCCUAGCCAGGAGCCCACAGUUUGCCGAAGUGCCUGAAGUGGGCAAUUGGUUAAAAAGGGUACUAGAAUACAAUUUGAGCGGAGGGAAAAAAGCGCGGGGACUUUCCACAGUGUUUGCCUAUGAAAUGCUGGAGAAACCGGAAAAUAUCACGGAAGAAUCUCUUAGAUUAGCACGUAUUAUGGGCUGGUGUGUUGAAAUGUUGCAAGCAUACCUAGUAGUCCUAGAUGACAUGAUGGAUGGAGCGACCACGCGUCGCGGUCUCCCGUGCUGGUACCGGCUGCCUGACGUGGGUCUUGGAGCAGUCAACGACUCCAUCCUCAUAUACAUGUCCAUAUACAACACUUUGAAGGCCAAUUUUGGGGACCGAGGGACCUAUACUAGCAUAUUGGAGCUGUUUAAUGAGACGUUGCUUAACACGUCAAUCGGCCAGCACCUCGACUACACAAUGGCGCACCGCAACAAGAGCGACUACAGUCUGUUCACGGUAGAGCGCUACAGCGCUAUCGUCAAGUUCAAGACUGCGUACUACACGUACAAGCUGCCGGUCAGCCUCGGGCUCUACCUCGCCGGCAAGACCAACCGCGAGCUGCACAAGAUCGCCGAGGACAUCUUCCUGGAGCUCGGCCAGUUCUUCCAGAGCCAGGACGACUUCAUCGACUGUUUCGGCGACGAGUCGGUCACGGGCAAAAUGGGCACCGACAUCCAAGAAGGCAAGUGCACCUGGCUAGCGGUUACAGCGCUGCAGCUCUGCAAUGCGCAACAACGCGCUGAAUUCGAGGAGUAUUACGGCAGCAAAGACCUCGCUGACGUGCAGCGCAUCAAGCGGCUUUACGAGACGUUAGGGCUGCCAGAGAUAUACCGAGCGCACGAACGCGCGGCGUAUGAAAGAAUCGUUAAACGAGCUCAUUCGUUACCUACCACUGAAUCGGGAGACUCGGUUUCGCCAGCGCUAGUGCUCAGAUUACUGGAUAUGAUCUACAAUAGAAAAAAAUAAAUUACAUAUUUUUUUAUUGCGGAGCUACUUUAUUUUGAUCUAUCUGUCUUUUUCGCUCUUGCUAGUAUCUCGCUAAGAGUGAAAGGGAUGGAUACAUCAAUAAAAAUGAUGACAAAGUAGCUGCGCUAUAAUUAUAAGUUGUACAGAGAGUUCUACCUUUCAUAGCGUUAUCUUGUGUACGAAUGUUACCUUGUACGGCAUUAUUUUUAUAUGUAUCACUUAUUGUAAUGAAAAACAUUAUUUUCAACUACAUAGAAACAGUCAAAGAAAUGUAAUUUGGCCGCACUAUUGUCACAAAACACGUCAUGAAUAAUUAUAAGGUGCCAAACCGAAUUAUGUUUGUUUGACUCUCACGGGUUUUAUCUAGUUACUUCCAAAACUUAUCACAAUUUAAGUUGAAGCCUAUAUUCUGUAGGUACCUAUGUUUGCAUGAAGCGUAGCUUUAACUUAUUUAUAACUUUAAUGAAGUAAUUUCUUACUUUUAGUGUGUUUGUUGUCAUUAUAAUUUUGACGACGGACUAACAUGCUUCAUGAAAAAAACAAAUGUGUUUUUAACUUCAUAAUGUGAAGAGCAGUUAAUAUUUCUAGUGCCAAAUAAAUUGUAAGAUCGAUAUACAACAACCUAGGUGUUAAAACACACUGUUUUAAAAACUUUUUAAAAUUAUUAAACAAUAUGACAAGAAAUUGAUGUCUUUCGUCUAUUAAGUAACAAAUAUUUGGCAGUUAAAUUAUUUAUAUUUAUUUAUGUAUAGUCUAUUCACGUCAACUAAAAUUCAUAUGCGUCUCUAUUUAUAGAAAAAGUUUGAAUAAAUUAUUAUUGGCAAAGACUGAAUUUUAUGUAUUCAAGGGUAUUGGGUUGAAUAGUAAUUUAUUUUUAAAUAAUGUGACGUAAGGAAUAAAAAAUAAUAAAUGACGUAUGAGUCAACAAAGAAACGUAGACGUUUAUAUAUUUUUUAAAGGAUUUAAAAUAUAAAUAAAAUUGCAGUGCAAUAAAAUACCACCAACAUAACGA